GAAAGAUCACAAUGUUGCUAAUCUUAAUUGCUUGUGUUGUUCUACUGACACUCGUUUAUCUCGAAGUACAACGCGUCAGAUUAAAUAAUCGCUUCAAGCAUGUAGCGGGACCGAGUCAGUUGCCGAUCAUUGGAAGUGUUUAUUCCAUUCGACCCAACAAUUUGACGGAUUUUAAGGCAGUUUUUGAUGAUUUGGCGGUUGAUCCGGUGGCGAAAUUUAUUUUCGGCGGAAGUUUGUUACUUUUGGUGACAGAUCCAGUCGUUUUGUCGCAAAUUUUGCCAUCGAAAUCGUUUUUGGAGAGACCGUAUUUUUUUGAUUUUUUUGAAUAUCCAACGGCGAUGCUUAGUGCGAAAUUCAAACUUUGGAAACCGAUGCGAAAACAAACAAAUUUAGCAUUUAAUCAACGCCAAAUUAACAGUAUGUUCCCCGUUUUCAACAAACAUGUCAAUAUUCUACUACAAAGGAUCGCUGCCAAAGUAGAUGGUCCCACGUUCGACAUAAAUCAACUAACUUUACGAAUGGGAAGUGCUCAAGUGAUGGAAAAUCUCAUGGGUUACGCAGACAUUCAAGAAGAAAUCGAUACUGACUUGUUUGAAUUGUACGAGGAUCAAGUGACGGAACGAAUGGUGAAUCCUUUGUACCAACCAUGGGUUGUUUAUCGCACUUCUUACAUGUACCAGAUACAAGAUAAAGGCAGAAAGGCUUUACAUGAGUUCUUCGGACGUGUUGUUGACCGUAAAAUGAACGAAAUAAAAAAGAUUGGAAAGGAACCCGAUGGAAAAUUAUUCCUUGAUGAGAUGUUUAGAUUCGAACAUGAAGGGAAAAAAUUAAGUUACAUCGAGUUGGUUGAAAAUAUUGGCUUGAUGUUCUUAGCGGCGUACGAAACAUCAGCAAUUACAAUUUCUUAUGCUUGUUUAAUGCUUGCGAUGCAUCCCGAAAUCGAUGAGAAAUUAUUCGCAGAGAUUCAGGAAAAUUAUAAAAUUGGAGAGGAUAUUGACUUUGAUAUGUUGAAGAAUUUUCCGUAUUUAGACAUGGUGGUUAAAGAAACGCUUAGACAUUUUCCAGCUGUGGCGAUGAGUGCCCGACAAGGCAUGGAGGAUUGUAAUAUCGAACCUCUCGGCGUUCUACCAAAAGGCACAAUAAUUGUCCUAAACUUCUGGAAAUUGCAUCGAUGGCCCCAAUUUUGGGGUCCUAACGUGGAAAAAUUUUAUCCCGAUCACUUUUUACCUGAAAACGCAGCUCAACGUCAUCCUUACGCUUAUUUGCCGUUCAGUGGCGGACCCAGAAAUUGCGUCGGGAUGAAUUAUGCCUUACAAACUAUCAAAGUAGCUCUCAUCAAAAUUCUAGCAGAAUAUCGUUUUACCACGAAACUCAAAAUGGAAGAUCUUAAUUUCAAAAUUAGCGUCACAUUGAAAUUAGCAAACAGACACAUGGUUCAAGUACACCGAAGAUAACUCAUAA